GCCACCAUUGGAAAUCAUCACAAACAUGGAUUACCUUACACUACAACUACUCAUAUCCUUUAUAGUCUCAACCCUUUUCUUCUCCUUCAUCCAAACCUCUAAACAUUCAAAGCUUCCACCAGGUCCUAAACCAUAUCCCAUCAUUGGAAACAUCUUAGAUCUUCUUAAUAGCUCUAAUUCUCUUCAAUCAUUCAUCAACCUCUCUAAAACUUAUGGACCUAUAAUUACCCUAAAAUUAGGCACCCUUACCUCCAUAGUGAUUUCUUCUCCACAAAUAGCCAAAGAAGCACUCCAAAAAAAUGAUGCCAUCUUAUCUAAUAGAACAAUCCCUUAUACCAUUUUUUCAACAAUUGAGGAUCAUUGCAACAAGAACUCAAUUAUAUUCUUACCUUCAUCAACCAAAUGGAGACUCCUUAGAAGAGCUUGUGCAACAAGAAUAUUCUCACCCCAACAACUUGACUCCACACAAAUCCUAAGGAAGAGAAAGUUUCAAGACUUGGUAAAUUUUUUGCACCAAUGUUGUAAAAAAGGUGAAGCUUUAGAUAUUGGUGAGGCUAUUUUUAAAACAAUACUAAAUAUAAUAUCAAACACUUUUAUUUCUAAGGAUUUUGUUCAUUAUUAUGAUAAUGAUGAGAAGUUUAAAGUGUUCAAGGAUAUAGUGUUUGGUUUGACUGAAGAAUCUUCAAGGCCUUGUUUGGGAGAUUUUUUCCCUUUAUUAGGGUUUCUUGGUUCACAUGGUGCACGUGCAAGAACAAAAGAUCGCUAUGCAACGUUGUAUGCAGUUUUUGAUGGUGCCAUCGAAGAAAAAAUUCGCAUGAGGGAUUCAAAAAUUGAUUCUAGAGAGUGCAAUGAUGCAUUGGAUUCCCUUUUGGAUCUUGUCAAUGAAGAGAGUUCUCAAUUGAAUCGCCAUGAUGUUGUGUCUUUAUUGAUGGAUUUAUUUGUUGCUUCAAUAGACACAACAUCAAGCACAUUAGAAUGGGCAAUGGCAGAGUUGAUACAUAGUCCAAAAAAAUUGCUUAAAGUUAGAGAAGAACUUGAAGAAUCACUUGGCAAAAAUGGAGAAGUUGAAGAGUCUCAUAUCUCAAAGCUUCCAUACCUUAAUGCAAUUGUGAAAGAAACUUUGAGGCUUCAUCCACCAGCACCAUUUCUAGUACCCCACAAAGCAAAUGAUGAUGUAGAGCUAGGAGGCUUCACCGUUCCCAAAAGUGCACAAAUCCUAAUUAAUGUGUGGUCUAUUGGAAGAGACUCAAGUGUUUGGGAUAACCCUAAUUCAUUUGAACCUGAGAGAUUUUUGGAUAGUGAAAUUGAUUUUAAGGGCAAAAAUUUUGAGUUGAUUCCAUUUGGUUCUGGAAGAAGAAUUUGCCCUGGAUUAUCUUUGGCUUCGAGGACCUUGAAUUUUAUGUUGGCAUCACUUUUGUAUCACUUUAAUUGGAAGGUUGCUGAUGAGAUGAAUCCAGAAGAUAUAGAUAUGAGUUAUAGUUAUGGAAUUACCUUGCAUAAGGCCCAACCAUUAUUUCUUGUACCUAUCAAAGUUUAGUUGUUGAUACCCAAUAUGGUUGUUCCAAUGGUUAGUUUAUUUUCGCUUAAAUAAAUGUUAAAAAUUUAAAUUAUAUUUUGUAUA